AUGAAGUAUCGAGCAACAAUGGUUAAAUUUCCAUAUAAGAAAUUCGUCACAACUUACAGCCGAGGACAAUUACAGCCUUUAAGGUUCACUCGAAAUAUCACAGUUCGUCAGUACUCCAAUGAACCCAAUGAAGUGUUUACAAAGUUGUCUGAUGAGAAUGAUCCUCAAAGAGACUCUUUUUUCAAGUACUCUUGGGGGACUUGGUUAAAAAACAACAGACAAGAGCAGGAGAGGAGAGUUACUAGAUUCUCUAUUGAGGGAUUAAAUGCUGUAUUGGAAGAUUUAUAUGAGCAAUCAAAGAACUCUUCGAAGAACGUGCAGGUGGAUUCAAUUCCGCCUCCUUCCUAUAAUUCUAAUUUGACUGUAUCAUUGCCUCAUAAUAAUACUGAAGAAGUUUUGCAGGUUGUGAAUCUAAAAGAGAAGAUCAAAGUGACAUCUCUAGCUAGUAUUCACGAAGGGAAACACCACCGGAUUUAUAAAGUUGAUACUAACGCUGGUAAGUCGUUUAUUUUGAGGAUUCCAUAUCCGUUGGAUAAUGAAAAUACUAUUGCUCACCGUUUGAAGAGUGAAGUAGCUACCAUGGACUUUCUUGAUUUAAAGCUGGGGCUAAAAGUUCCAAAAGUCAAUUGUUUUGGGGUUAACAGUCUAAACCCGAUAAGACAGCCAUUUAUUCUUCAAGAGUAUAUUGAUGGGCAACUGCUGAUCAGAAAUUGGGCUCCGUUGGAAGAUGAUUCACCUGAUGGGGAGUCUCACAAGCAUAAAUUGAACACUGUGAUUGACCCUAUUUCUAAAUUCCAGGCCGCCAUUGCUAAAAUGGAGUUUACAGCGUUUGGUAGUUUGUACUUUGCAAAGGAUCAACAGGAUUCAAAGCUGCUUCCUUACAAUGGUGAGUCCAACCCAAGCUUAAUAAGCAGAUGGAGAAUUGGACCAACUGUAGAAAGAUGUUUUUGGCGGAAGAAAAGUGCAUUAAAAUUUGAAGAACAGAAAAAGUACCUAGGGCCAUGGGAUAUUUCAAAACCUCUAGAUAUAGUUAGGGACAUUUCCAUCCUUGAAUUGGAGAAUGCCAAGGCACGUUUAGCUUUGGGGCAAGCAGGAGCAUCCCCAGAAGCUCAUGUACAAGAACAUGUGUUGAAAAGUCAAAUUUCAAGCUUUGACAACUUGUCCAAGCUGACCCCUACUUUAAUAAAUCUGAAUACAAAGGCAGUCCCCAAUAUUGAGGAGCUUUUGAAACCUCGGUUGUUCCAUCCAGAUCUGGACCCAAUGAAUGUUAUAUUGAACAAGAAUGAUAACGAUACACCUUAUUUAUUAGACUUCGAAGGGGCCUCACUGAAGCCAUAUAUUCUGCAAAAUAAUCCACAGUUUAUUGCUUAUGAUGGUCCGAAGAUCUACAAUUUAGAAACUGAUGUUGAAAAGUAUAAGACUUUAAGUUCUGAUGAAAAAUCACAAUAUGAAUUCAUGUACAAACGUACAAGAAAUCAAUAUUUAUGGGAAUUGGCAUUUAAUUCAAACUCUAAGAUUUUAAUAUCAAGUGUCGCACCUCCAAUCAAACUUCUAAGAAGACCUUAUAUUGCUGCUAUAGAACGUAAAACUGAUGAAGAAUAUUUAUUGCUUGAUGAAUCCAUGGUCCAGUUGAAAGAAGUUUGGGAUAUCUUUUUCAAAAGCAGCUUAGUUUCAAAUAAACAGUUCCCACUAGAGUUUUCAGAAGCUUGGCUAACGAAGCAUGCUGAAGAUUUGAACAAAUAUCAUGAAAGACUACUUGUUGAACCAUUUGCUGCAACCCAAGGAUGGCUUCCUCAAGAUAUGUUUGACAAUUUAGUUAAAUCAGGUAUCUUAGUCAAGGAGGAUAAUGGCGACUACUCAAUUAAACAGCAGACAUCUGUUUGA